GGACAUACACGGAUAACUCUCUGAUCGUUACUAGAAAAAGUAAUCCCGUUACUGCCACCGACCGACAGUUCACACUUUCAACCCGAUGCGCAUUGCCAUUGGACGUAUCGAGGGUUGGACUCCCGCAGCCUGCAGCCUGUUAUUCAACCGCAGCGCGCGCGUCUGGCCAGUCGUCCCCUCGUUGUGCGCUGGAUAUGGAUCAGGACGCAGCGCGCUUCCCUGCUGUCUCCCGCGGAAAGGCUGCACUCUGCGGCUCAUAAAACAGCUGCACAAAUGAACCACCGACCGCCUGGCUCUUCCGGCGUGCAAUGGCUUAACAGGAGAGACAUGAGUGUCCGGACGGAUGACAGCAUCACCUUGUGCCAAAGGGCUCUCCAUAUCAUUUCGGAACUUUGUCUCACGGGACACGUAGACCGGGAGAAAUGUGCGGAUAUAUUUCCACUGGAGAGCACCAUACCAGGUAAAGGACACGCAGACAUCUCUAUUAGUCUGCUUGCUGUGGUCGUGGGUUUCUGUGGCCUCGCCCUGUUGGUAGUAUCUCUCUUUGUCUUUUGGAAGCUGUGCUGGCCCCUCUGGAGGAGCAAGACUCUGACAACCCACGCUGAAAAUGGCCUCCGCGUGGGUUUCCCCGAGGCCCCACAGCCAAACUCCCCUCCGGCUAACGAGUGUAAAGCGCUGGAGGCUGAGAGGAAGUACCCGCUGGAGGUGAAGAUGAAUGGGCGGAGCUCUGUAAAGCUCCUGGAGGCGGCCAUGAAGAUCAGCCAGACGUCUCCAGACAUCCCAGCGGAGGUGCAAACAGCCCUGAGGGAGAAGCUGAGCCAACAGGCGAAGAUCCAGAGGCAGACCACAGAGCCCACGUCCUCCUCCAGACACAAUUCAUUCCGGCGCCACCUGCCUCGUCAGAUGAAUGUCAACAGCUUUGACUUCAGCAUGGACACAGUACCUCUUCGGCAAUCUUCAACAGUGAGCAUUGGAAGAAUAAAACCAGAACUCUACAAGCAGAAAUCUGUGGACUCAGAGGGUGAGGAAAAAGAGCCUGUAGAGACUUGUGGGAAGCUCAGCUUCUCACUGCAGUACGACUAUGAGGAACAAUCAUUGGUAGUAAGAAUCCUUAAGGCCUUGGACCUACCUGCCAAAGACUUCACGGGCACCUCCGACCCGUACGUGAAGAUCUACCUGUUACCAGAGAGGAAGAAGAAGUUCCAGACACGAGUCCAUCGCAAGAAUCUGAACCCCACGUUUGAUGAGGCUUUCUGUUUCCCCGUGGCGUAUGAUGAGGUUUGCAACCGCAAGCUGCACUUCAGUGUCUAUGACUUUGACCGCUUCACCAGCCACGAUAUGAUUGGUGAGGUGGUGGUGGACAACCUCUUUGAACUCUCAGAUCUUUCCAGGGAGGCAGUGGUUUGGAAGGAUAUUCAUGCAGCAACUACGGAGAGUGUUGACCUGGGAGAGAUCAUGUACUCGUUGUGCUACCUCCCCACAGCAGGGAGAAUGACCCUAACAGUCAUCAAAUGCAGAAAUCUCAAAGCCAUGGACAUCACAGGCUCUUCAGAUCCUUAUGUGAAGGUUUACCUGAUAUGUGAUGGACGAAGACUGAAAAAGCGGAAAACGACAACCAAGAAAAGCACACUUAAUCCAGUAUACAACGAGGCCAUCAUCUUUGACAUCCCCCCAGAGAACGUGGAACAAGUCAGUCUGUCCAUCAUGGUGAUGGAUUAUGAUCGGGUUGGACAUAAUGAGGUGAUAGGCGUGUGUCGCACCGGGCCAGAUGCCGAGGGUCUUGGACGGGAUCACUGGAAUGAAAUGUUGGCUUAUCCGCGGAAGCCCAUCACACACUGGCACGCUCUAGGAGAGUGGCCGGGAAGAGCAGCAAGCUUUGAGAGUCAAGGUUCGUGCCCUUCGCCCAAACCUCCACAGACGCCUUGAUGGUCCCAGGUAGAGAUAAAACCCACCUGUGUAAGAAAUAAGAGAUUAGAGUUUUUAUGAAGCUGUGGUGCCUACCAGUUUCCUGUGAGCAUGUUGUGUUCAAAUUCAUUAAUUUCUUAUAUAUGUUUUAGAAACAAUGCUGUAUUGAAAUUGUUUUUAAUUCGUUCAUCUGAACUCCAACUCUUCUGGCUAUGCACAGCACUUACUGUCUUUUAAAGUUUGUUUUUCAUAUGUUCACUUUGAGACUCCCAGAAAAGCUGUAUUUGCCAAACAUUUACACAGGCAACAGCUUCAUUGCAAGAAGCCUCACUGCCUCAGGAUAUGCCCCAAAAGCUCUUUAGUGAGAUAGCACUUUGAAAGGGUG